AUGCUGCUCCUCCUGCUGGGGGGCUGCCUCCUGCUCCCAGGCUCCGGAGCCCUGACGGGUCCGAAGGAGGUCAGCGGAUUCGAAGGUGCCAGUGUGUCCGUUCAGUGUUCCUACAAAGAGGAGCUGAAGCAGCACCAGAAAUACUGGUGCAAGGAGGUGGGGUUCUUCUUGUCCCGCUGCUCCCACACCGUCUACUCCGGGGCAGACGGCCAGGAAGUGACAUCGGGUAAGGUGACCAGGCCCUGCUGUCUCCUCUCCCCUCCUCCCUCCUUCCAGCCUCUUGCAACAAGGAGCCUCGAGCCCAAGGCAAACGCUUGGCACACUCAGUCCCCAGAAUUGACUUCUCCUGGUCUUCACCUGAGAGUCACCACAGCCAAGCAGGGGAAGACAGGGGCCACCGCCCCUCCACACACAGGAACCUCCCUGCCGACCCGUCCUCAUGCAGCGACCCGUCCUCAUGCAGCGACCCAUCCUCACGCAGCGACCUCUCCUUCUGCAGGGAGUUCCCACCUGACCAUGCAGCUGGACUCCACCUCAGCAAAGGGCACCAGCCCCAUCCCCAGCAGCAGCUCCAAGUCCAGGGUUUCGGUCCCGCUGGUGCGCAUCUUGGCGCCGGUCCUGGUGCUGCUGGGCCUUGUGCUGGCUGCCAGCCUGGUGGCUGUCGGCAGCUGUGUGCUCCGUCGGAGGGGAGAAGGGUCUCUUUCAGUGCACGUAGCCAUGGAAACUGAGAAGCACCAGAAGGCCGGCCUGUCACCCAUGGUCAUGAAAGAGACUUCAGGAGAAGGGGAGGUCCCUUCCCAGGACCGUCAGGAAGACAGCAUCCAGGGGCCUCUCCACCCCUCACCUGGGGAGAAGCUGUAUUUCUCAGAGUUCAUCCCUGUCUAG